AUGUUAACCCAAGGCUUUCUCGCGGCGUUGGCAAUCUUGCCGGUCUUCUCUACAGCGGAUAUCCCGGGCAACACCCCACAGGUACUACCUAAUGGCAAAUAUGAAAUUGCGAGCGAAGGGAUCCGGGCGCAAUUCAUCCCCUACGCGGCGUCGAUCACGAACCUCUUCAUCAGGGACGUUCACGGAGUGGAGAGGGACGUCGUCUUAGGGUUCGACAAUGCUACCUACUAUAGUAUCUCGAGGCUUCAUCCUCAUUUGAACGGCGUUCCAGGUCGAUACGCAAAUCGGAUCAAGAACUCGACCUUCGCCAUUGACGGCAAAACCUACCACGUCGAUGCAAACGACAAUGGCGGCCGGGACACUCUCCACGGAGGCUCCGACGGUUGGGACUACAGGAACUGGACAGUCACUGCGCAUACCGCAGAUUCGAUCACCUUCUCCCUGGUAGAUCCGGAUGGGAAAGAAGGAUUCCCAGGCGAAGUCACUGCCUGUGUGACAUACACACUUACUCCCUAUCAAUGGCACCUGCGGAUGAAAGCCAUCUCCACCACGAAGAAGACGCCUAUCAUGCUCAGCUCGCAUGACUACUGGAAUCUCGACGGCUUUCAAAACCCGAGCACGUGUCUGGCUCUCAACCACAGCUUACAUAUGCCAUACGCGAGGCAGCGCAUCGCGAUUGACGGCAUCGCCGUGCCUACCGGCGAGAUCCUGGCUAAUGAGAAGUAUGGUCUGAAUGACUUCUGGUCUGCACCCAAACAGCUUGGAGCCAAUCUUACAGAUCCAGAGCUUCUAGGCAAUUGCGGGACAAAUUGUGAAGGCUACGAUAACUGCUAUCUGACCAAUCGCGAACAACUUGGACCAUACGAUUGGAGUGCCGCCCCGGUGGCCACGCUUGCAAGCGCGUGGUCGGGUAUUCAACUUGAUAUCUACACGGACCAACAGGCUCUGCAGAUGUAUACGUGCAACAAUAUGAAUGGUAACUCGGAGCUACGCUGCAGUAGUAGAGCUAUUACUGACGAGUAAUUUCCAGGCACAUUCGCUCUCAAGGAAACACAAGGCUUCUUCAACGAUCCAUCUCGCCCGCGGGUCUCCGAGAAAUACGGCUGCGUGGUCAUCGAGGUGGAAGAUUGGAUCGAUGGUAUCAACAACCCUCAGUGGGGCCGAGACAAACGGCAAAUCUUUGGACCAGCCGAUGAUCCGUACGUGCUGCAAGCUACGUACAAAUUCUCUCUCAACCACGAGCUGGCGACUCGAAGCGAACAGCGUCACCCCAAGAAAUGUGGCCCGAAAGAAGGUGAAACUCCCUGUCCUGGCCAUGGCCAUGAUGAUUCCCCGGAUGAUUACACGGAUGAUUACUACACGGAAGGUGAUUUUAUGGAAGACCCACCACCACAGCCUUCCUACUAA